AAUACUGGCAUCAGACUUGUCAAAAUUGUUGUUGCAGCUGCACGCAUCCUUGGCAGGAAGCUGGAAAACUUUGGAAAAUUACCGCAUUAUCACAAAAAUAACUUUCCACCGACAGCCCUAAACAACACGCGACUCAUUCCAACGCGUCAGUUUGUGCAAAUUUGUUUAUCUGUGCUCUGAAAGUCACCAGUUCAAUUUCCCCGGUGUAACGAUGUCCGAUGGUCAGGAAACAGUCCCAGAAGGAUGGGAAAAGCGUACCAGCCGUUCCACAGGCAUGACUUACUACCUUAAUGUUUACACUAAAGAGUCCCAGUGGGAUCCCCCCACAGCUCCCGCAGAACCGGCUAAUACGAAUGAACCGCAUGAGGUGCAGUGUGCACAUUUGCUCGUGAAGCAUAACAAAUCCCGCCGGCCGAGCUCGUGGAGGGAGGAGAACAUUACGCGCAGCAAGGAGGAAGCGUUAGAAAUCCUCGAGUCCUACCGCAAGAAAAUUCAGUCCAAUGAAGCCACACUACAGGAGCUGGCGCAGCGGUAUUCGGACUGCAGUUCGGCUAAGCGCGGAGGCGAUUUGGGCAUGUUUAAGCGUGGCAUGAUGCAGAAACCGUUCGAAGAUGCUGCAUUCGCACUGAAAGUCGGAGAUAUGUCCGACAUAGUGGAUACGGAUUCGGGCGUUCAUUUGAUUCUUCGGUUAAAAUAGACAUUGAUUUUGCUUUUCUUUGUUUCAUUAUGCUUAAACCGCACACGAUGAUUUUCAAUGGAGCAAAACAACACAAAACAAACCAAGAACAUACAUCUAUUCAGUUAGUCCUCAUUGAUAUAUUUGUUUCUGCAUUUCGUUUUAAGCUGUGGAGGGUUUCGCACACUUCUACAGCUUGAGCUUCUCCGCCAGUAGUUUACCGCCCGUAUGCUUCUGUGAUUUUAGUUCCUUUUUCAUCGGCACCACUUUCUUUCUCAACAUUUGCUGCACUUCUUCGGUUGAAUUUUCGAAUAUAAGCAACAGCAGAAAUGAGGGCCGAUUUUGGGUGAUCCACGCGGACAGCUGCUCGACGGCCAGUUCCUCCACGAUAGCGAGACCGAACUGUGAAACAUCGUCACCGGCAAGCUGUCGCUUCUCCUGGUCUAGUUUGAUCAUCUUCUUCAGCGCAAUAUGUAUGCCGGCAUGUUCGAUACCGUUUAUGAGGGGAUUAGCGGCCAACUGCUUCUCGCGAGCCGCUGCCUGCAAAACGAGAGAAAAAAACCAUCAGCAUGAACGUAAGAAUAUUGUGAAUCUGUUAUGGAGCACGUUUACGUAAAAGUUUAACCAGAAAAGCAAUAAAAUGAAACCACAACUUACUUUCUCCUCCUCGAA